GAGCGGCGGACAUGGCGCUGCUGCUGCGGAUGGGGCUCCUCCGCGGCCGCUGCGCCUUUUGGCGGCCGCCCGCAGCCGCCUGGGCCCGGCCCCGCGGCUGUGCCCUCGGUGGGGUUCGUGGCCUGCAGAGCCUCCUGGCACCAACACUUUCCCUACCACGUCAAGGCCUCGGUGGAGUCCUGACAAAACAGCACGUAAUCCGGGAUCCAGUCAGACUUUGGAAUCUCCUGGGUAGCACCUCCUGGUUUGCUACAUCCAGCUCUCGGGGGAGCAGCCAGAAGAAUGGAGGAUUCAAGAAGAAAUCUCCACAGGAGGAAGAUGAGGAAGAGAAACGCAGGAGAAGGGAGAAUCAGAUGCACCUGGAACGUUUGCGGGCGCUGCUGAUCCUCACCGUCAUCGUGCUGAUGCUUCGCUUCAUGAUCAGCGAGAACAGGGAAGGGACCAACAUCUCCUGGAACUACUUUGUGAACGAGAUGCUGGCCAAGGGGGAGGUGCAGAGGAUCGAGGUGGUGCCUGAGAGUGACAUUGUGGAGAUUUAUCUGCACCCGGGUGGAACUCCGCAUGGGCAAGUUAACGUGACCCUGCUGUACACCAUGCGCGUGGCAAACAUCGACAAAUUCGAAGAGAAGCUCAGAGCUGUGGAGGAUGAGCUGAAUAUUGAUGAGAAAGACAGAAUCCCCAUUUCCUACAAACACCCUGGCUUUUAUGGAAAUGAUGUCCUUUCCCUGAUAGUGACACUGGUGGCCGUGUCCAUGCUGUGGAGCAUCUUCCGCCUCUUCAGGGUGGCGAGCAGGGCCGGAGGCUUCAACGCCUUUAACCAGCUGAAGAUGGCUCGUUUCACCAUUGUGGAUGGGAAAUCUGGGAAAGGGAUCGGCUUCAAGGAUGUAGCAGGAAUGCACGAGGCGAAAAUGGAAGUCAAGGAAUUUGUGGACUAUUUAAAGAAUCCCGAUCGCUACCUCCAGCUCGGGGCCAAAGUGCCCAAGGGUGCCUUGUUGCUGGGCCCACCAGGCUGUGGGAAGACUUUGCUGGCCAAGGCCGUGGCUACAGAGGCCCAGGUGCCGUUUUUGGCCAUGGCAGGCUCCGAGUUCGUGGAGGUGAUUGGAGGCCUGGGAGCCGCUCGUGUCCGGAGCCUGUUCCGGGAAGCGCAGGCUCGCGCUCCCUGCAUCGUCUAUAUCGAUGAGAUCGAUGCCGUGGGCAAGAAGCGCUCCACCAACGUGUCUGGCUUUGCCAAUGCCGAGGAGGAGCAGACCCUAAACCAGCUGCUGGUGGAAAUGGACGGAAUGGGGACCACGGAUCACGUCAUAGUGCUGGCUUCCACCAACCGCGCCGAUGUCCUGGACAACGCUCUGAUGAGACCUGGGAGGCUGGACAGGCACAUCUUUAUUGAUCUCCCAACACUCCAGGAGAGGAAGGAGAUCUUUGAGCACCACCUGAAGGGCCUCAAGCUGAUCCAGGACGGCAGUUUCUACUCGCAGCACCUGGCAGAGCUGACCCCAGGAUUCAGUGGAGCUGACAUAGCAAAUAUCUGCAAUGAAGCUGCUCUUCACGCUGCCAGGGAAGGGCACAAAUCCAUCGAUACCUCCAACUUCGAGUAUGCUGUGGAAAGAGUCAUUGCAGGCACUGCCAAAAGAAGUAAGAUCUUGUCACCAGAAGAGAGGAAGGUGGUGGCGUUCCACGAAUCCGGGCACGCGCUGGUCGGGUGGCUGCUGGAGCACACCGAGGCCGUCAUGAAGGUGUCCAUAGCCCCUCGGACAAACGCGGCGCUGGGAUUCGCACAGAUCCUGCCCCGGGAGCAGUACCUGUUCACCAAGGAGCAGCUGCUGGAGAGGAUGUGUAUGGCCCUGGGGGGGAGAGUGGCCGAGGCCAUCACCUUUAACAAGGUCACCACAGGAGCACAGGAUGACCUGAAGAAGGUGACCAAGAUUGCCUACUCCAUGGUGAAGCAGUACGGGAUGGUGCCCAGCAUCGGGCAGAUCUCCUUCCCAGACCCGGAGAGUGCCGCUGGCAUCGGCCGGCGCCCCUUCAGCCAGGGCCUGCAGCAAAUGAUGGACCACGAAGCCAAAACCUUGGUGGCUCAGGCUUACAGGCGCACAGAAAAGCUCCUGCUGGAGAACCGGGACAAGCUGCAAACACUGUCCAAUGCCCUCCUGGAGAAGGAAGUGAUCAAUUACGACGACAUCGAAGCGCUGAUCGGGCCCCCGCCCCACGGGCCCAAGAAGAUGAUUGCUCCUCAGAGCUGGCUGCAGGCAGAGAGGGACAAGCAGGACACCAGGGAGGAGGAGACACCUCCCCAGCCACCAAACCAAGAGGAGGAGGAGGAGCCACGCCUGAGACCGGUGUGAACCCACUCCCAUGUGGAAUGGGAGGGCUCCGGAGGCUUCUUUGGGACACAGACCCUUUGCCUUCUCAGCUCCAGAAACAAAGAUGCUGAGCAGGGAAUUGCUGGGCUGCUGCUGCUGCUACCCCAAAAUUAAAGGAUGGCUACAUUGGUUCUUUGAGCUGUAUCCUGCAGGAAGGGGAAUUCCUCAGGAUUUCAGAACUGAUUCCUAGCAGGGUGGUGGUGGUGAUUAGGAGUUGGGUAAGUCUGAUCUGCUGUAGGUUUCUUGUACACUGGAGCAGGGAACGUAUUCCAGUGGGUGGAAGAUCCCAUGUAAGCCGCUUGUGGCUGUGCUCUGUGCCGUGGCAGGAGGGCAGGGCUGUGCCCUCAGCAUGGGGACACCCCUGUGGGGCUGAGCUCUUGUGUAACCUUUGAGCACAACACGCAAACAGCCCUGGCUGGAAUAAACUGCCCACAACGUG